ACUGCAGGUCAAGGACUCAAUCUUACAAGGUGUGUGGUGCAGUUAGGAGAUGUACAUAGGGGAUGUGACCAGAGGGAGGAGGAGGACAGAGAGCUGAGCAUCAUUUACUCUCCCAGAGAAAAAUAGAGAGAGAGAUUUUAUGUUUGGUGCUAUGCUCUCCAAUUCACGAAGACAGAGGAGAGAGCAGCGCUCUUUGUCUCUUCACUCCAGCAGUUCAGGAGGUUAACAUGGGGAACCUAACCGGUAAAGUAUAGGAGGACGUCAUCGUUGCAAAGUUGAAAUCCAAGCAGUGGAGGACAAAUGACGAACAUCAAUGUGACCUUUUUCCCCUCUCCUUUACAUACAUCCGUGUCUGAAGAGAAAGAAGAAGAGGACAUUUAAAAAGGACAAGGUGUUGUGUCCCCAUAAACCAAUGGCUCAGUAUAACUGUUCCUCUCUGCGUCUGCCUGCCACCACUCCUGACCAGCUUGGUUGGAAUGUGUCCUGGGCCCUGGGCAACGUCAGUGCUGAUGACAUGGAGAACAUGUGCCUGAAUCGGAGUCAGUACCUGGAGAAGUUUCGAGGCUUCCAGCGGUCGCCUGUUUUCCUGCCGGUUUGCAUUACCUUCCUCAUCAUCUUCGCUGCGGGAGUGUUAGGUAACGUGCUCACCUGCGCCGUCAUUGUGCGCUACAAGGUGAUGCGGACGCCAACUAAUUACUACCUGUUCAGUCUGGCCGUGUCCGACUUAUUGGUCCUAGUCCUGGGUAUGCCGUUGGAACUCUACGAGAUGUGGAGCAACUACCCGUUCCUGUUCGGCGCUGGUGGCUGUUACUUCAAGACCUUCCUGUUUGAGACGGUCUGCUUUGCAUCCAUUCUCAAUGUAACGGCACUGAGCGUGGAGCGCUACAUCGCCGUGUUACACCCGCUGAAAGUCAAGCACGUGGCCACGCACACCCAUGCCAAGCGUGUCAUCCUGAUGCUGUGGGUCAUGUCCAUGGUGUGCGCCAUGCCAAACACCAGCCUCCACGGGUUGGCCGUGUUGAGGCCUCGAUUUGGCCGCCAAUACCCAGAGUCGGCCGUCUGCAUGAUGGUCAAGCCCAUCUGGAUGUACAACCUGAUUAUACAAGUGACCACGGUGGUCUUCUUCCUGAUGCCUAUGCUCACCAUCACUGUGCUGUACCUGCGCAUCGGCCUGCAGCUCAGGAUGGAGAGGGGCAUGCAGGGGUUCGGGAUCGGGCAGGGUUUUGGUCCUGAUCGCCACUGCAAGCACCAGCAGAGGACGCGCCACAGACAAGUCACCAAGAUGCUUUGCGUACUGGUGAUUGUUUUUGGCAUCUGCUGGGCUCCCUUCCACAUUGACCGUCUCACGUGGAGCUUCAUAAGCUCCUGGACUGGCCACCACCACCUGGUCUUCGAGUACGUCCACGUCGUCUCCGGGGUCUUCUUCUACCUCAGCUCGGCGGUCAACCCCAUCCUCUACAACCUCAUGUCCACCCGCUUCCGGGAGAUGUUCCAGCAGAUCACGUGUCGCUCCGGCCUCUGUGGCGGCGACGUGCGCAUGCUGAACGCCCGUAGCACCCAAAUGACCCUACGUAGUAUCGUCUAUGAGAAGCCACAACAUAAUGGGACCCCAGAGAGAAUCACCCUAGACAGAGAGGAGCAGAAUGUCCGGCCCAUCUAGUGGAAAUCGCUUAGCUCUGCCUCCAGAACACGACAUCUCAAUAAACAUCAACCAGCGACUGUGUACAGCCAGAGUGGAUAGAGAGAAACAUCAACCAGAGACUGUGUACAGCCAGAGUGGAUAGAGAGAAACAUCAACCAGCGACUGUGUACAGCCAGAGUGGAUAGAGAGAAACAUCAACCAGCGACUGUGUACAGCCAGAGUGGAUAGAGAGAAACAUCAACCAGCGACUGUGUACAGCCAGAGUGGAUAGAGAGAAACAUCAACCAGCGACUGUGUACAGCCAGAGUGGAUAGAGAGAAACAUCAACCAGAGACUGUGUACCGCCAGAGUGGAUAGAGAGAAACAUCAACCAGCGACUGUGUACAGCCAGAGUGGAUAGAGAGAAACAUCAACCAGAGACUGUGUACAGCCAGAGUGGAUAGAGAGAAACAUCAACCAGCGACUGUGUACAGCCAGAGUGGAUAGAGAGAAACAUCAACCAGCGACUGUGUACCGCCAGAGUGGAUAGAGAGAGACAUCAACCAGCGACUGUGUACAGCCAGAGUGGAUAGAGAGAAACAUCAACCAGCGACUGUGUACCGCCAGAGUGGAUAGAGAGAAACAUCAACCAGCGACUGUGUACAGCCAGAGUGGAUAGAGAGAAACAUCAACCAGCGACUGUGUACCACCAGAGUGGAUAGAGAGAAACAUCAACCAGCGACUGUGUACCACCAGAGUGGAUAGAGAGAAACAUUAACCAGAGACUGUGUACAGCCAGAGUGGAUAGAGAGAAACAUCAACCAGCGACUGUGUACCACCAGAGUGGAUAGAGAGAAACAUCAACCAGAGACUGUGUACAGCCAGAGUGGAUAGAGAGAAACAUCAACCAGCGACUGUGUACAGCCAGAGUGGAUAGAGAGAAACAUCAACCAGAGACUGUGUACCGCCAGAGUGGAUAGAGAGAGACAUCAACCAGCGACUGUGUACCGCCAGAGUGGAUAGAGAGAGACAUCAACCAGCGACUGUGUACAGCCAGAGUGGAUAGAGAGAGACAUCAACCAGCGACUGUGUACCGCCAGAGUGGAUAGAGAGAGACAUCAACCAGCGACUGUGUACAGCCAGAGUGGAUAGAGAGAAACAUCAACCAGAGACUGUCUACAGCCAGAGUGGAUAGAGAGAAACAUCAACCAGCGACUGUGUACCGCCAGAGUGGAUAGAGAGAAACAUCAACCAGCGACUGUGUACAGCCAGAGUGGAUAGAGAGAAACAUCAACCAGCGACUGUGUACAGCCAGAGUGGAUAGAGAGAAACAUCAACCAGCGACUGUGUACAGCCAGAGUGGAUAGAGAGAAACAUCAACCAGAGACUGUGUACAGCCAGAGUGGAUAGAGAGAAACAUCAACCAGCGACUGUGUACAGCCAGAGUGGAUAGAGAGAAACAUCAACCAGCGACUGUGUACAGCCAGAGUGGAUAGAGAGAAACAUCAACCAGCGACUGUGUACAGCCAGAGCGGAUAGAGAGAAACAUCAACCAGCGACUGUGUACAGCCAGAGCG